AUGACCGAUGUUACACUGUUGAUGACAUGUCUUAUGGCAAGUUGUGCACCUUACAAAGCACAACAAAAAUAAAGAUUUAAAAAAAAAAAGAAUACGCAAAGGAGAUGAAUGGAAGACAGCCUUCAAUACAAGAUAUGGUCAUUACGAAUAUACAGUGAUGUCUUUUGGGCUAUGUAAUGCACUGGCUGUCUUCCAGGAUCUCAUAAACAAUGUCUUGAGGUAUUUUUUGCAUGAAUGUAUGAUUGAGUAUAGAAAUGCCUUUUCGAUCUAAAGCAAAUCAGUUUCUUGGUUUAUGUGAUAUCCAAGGAAGGCUUUUCAAUGGAUCCUAAGAAAUUGGAAUCCAUAUUGCAUUGGCCACUACCUAAUGGGCUUAAAGCCAUACAAAGGUUUAUUGGUUUCUCUAACUAUUAUAGGAGGUUAAUCAAAGGUUUUCUUCUAUUAUAGCCCCAAUAACUUCUAUGACUAAGAAAAUUGGAGAUUUCAAAAACUGGAAGCCUGAAGCUAUAAAGGCCUUUGAAUCUUUGAAAUCGUUCUUUUCCUCUGCCCCGAUUCUAGUCCAUCCUGAUCCUAUCCUACUCUAUUUGCUCAACGUUAAAGCUUCUGAAACAGGGUUAGGAGCAGUAUUAUCUCAGAGGAAGAAUCCUGAUCAACCUUUACAUCCUUGUGGGUCCUACUCUAAGAAACUAACAGAAACUGAAUGAAGGUAUGAAAUAGGCGAUAGGGAACUGUUGGCCAUCAUCCAAGCAUUGAAAGAAUUAGGUACGAUACUUACCGAUCAUAAAAACCUGGCUUACUUGGGGGAGGCAAGCACGCUGGUCUAUUUUCCUGUCAGGAUUCAACUAUAUUUUAACUUAUAGACCAGUAAAAAAAAAUACUAAGGCUGAUGCUCUAUCACGCCAAUAUGAACCUCAAGCAGGUCUUAUAACAGAUUUGUCAACUGUUAUACCAAACUCUCACAUUAUAGCACAUACAAGUCUCAUUAUACAUUCUGCAAUUGUUGAUGACAUAAUCUCGAAACAGAAUUAAGCCCCCGACUCAACUCCUCUUGAUAGAUUAUACGUUCCUUCUGAACAUCAACCUAUCAUCAUGACAGUAAAACUGCUGAUCAUCCUUGUAUAAGGAAAACACAGAGUAUUGGUGGCCCUCCUUGGAAAGAUGUUAAGGACUAUAUUCUGGCAUGCGAUACCUGUUAUAGGAAUAAACAACCCGACACACUUCCGUGUGGGUUAUUACAACCUUUAGAAAUACCAAAUAAACCUUGGGUUAACAUAGCAAUUGAUUUUGCUGUGGAAUAACCAUAUCUAGUAAGAAAACUGUUAUAUUGACUGUAAUAGACAGGUUUUCCAAAAUGGCACACUUUUUACCGCUUAUGAAGUUACUUUCUUCACCUCAAUGAGCCAACAUCUUCGCUAAAGAAGUCUUUAGAUUGCAUGGCAUCCCGAGGGAAAUAUCAGAUAGGGGUUCCCAAUUUGUCUCCCGAUUUUGGAGAGCAUUCUGUGUUCAAUUGGGAAUUAAGCUCUGUUUUUCAUCUGCUUAUCAUCCUCAAUCCAAUGGAGCGGCUGAACGUACCAACCAAAUGCUCAAACAAUAUUUGAGAUGAUUUGUAUCAGAGCAUCAAGACAAUUGUGUUGAAUUGAUUCCAUGGGCUGAAUUAAUCCAUACCAAUCUCAUAUGUGAAGCAGAAGCAGUGGCGUACAUAUAGGGGUCGCAGUGGCGUUGGACCCCUGCGACCGGGUACCAGCCACCAUGUUUUGCGGCCCCGGCCUGCGCGACAAACUGCCGGGGCCACCAUUCAAGGGGUCCAUCGGGUGGCCCAUGCUGUUAGGGCCACCCGAUGGAAGUGAAUUUUCAGGGGCUUUAACAGCGCAACCGGGCCCCCUGUGAUGAGAUCACACGCUGGGAGGAAGUCACUGCCCCGGUCACUCCUCCCAGUAUACACAGAGCAUGCACGGGAGAAAGCAGAGGAGGCAGUCAGAGUGGGAACUCUGACUCCCAUCAACCUGAGCCACCACUGUACCCCUGGGAAAGUCACCCUCCUGCACUAAUAGGUAAGGGUGACUUAAACAUUUUGUAUAUGUGUGUGUGUGUGUUUGUUUAUAUGUAUGUGUGUAUGUGUCUGUGUGUAUUUGUCUGUAUGUAUGUGUAUUUGUAUGUGUGCCUGUCUGUAUUUAUGUUUGCCUGUCUGUAUGUAUGUGUGUCUGUCUGUCUGUAUGUGUUUUGUGUGUUUAUGUAUGUGUGUCUGUCUAUAUGUGCCUGUCUGUAUGUAUGUGUGUCUUGUGUGUGUGUGUGUCUGUCUGUAUGUGUCUGUGUGCCUGUAUGUGUCCGUGUGUGUGUGUUUGUCUGUAUGUUUGCCUGUCUGUUUGUAUGUGUCUUUGUAUGCAUGUGUGUCUUGUGUGUGUGUCUGUAUGUAUGUGUCUUUGUGUAUGUGUCUGUCUGUAUGUGUGUGUGUCUGUCUGUAUGUGUGCCUGUCUGUUUGUAUGUAUGUAUGUAUGUGUCUUUGUAUGCAUGUGUGUAUGUCUGUCUGUAUGUAUGUUUCUGUCUGUAUGUAUGUAUUUUUGCCUGCCUGUUUAGCCUAUAAAAGGCAGCUUCACCCAUAGUUCUUUGCCCUGUUGUGGUUCUACUUCCAGUUCCCAAUAGUGCUUUGGAAUCCUGACAUGAUCAUAUCAGCCAAGCAGGCAGAUCAGGGGCCAGCAGCAGCAGACUGGAAUAAGGAUAAGAUUUUACUAUAUUUAGGGGGGCAAGGGGAAGUCAGGGGGCUAGAUUGUGUUUUAACACUAUAGGGUCAGGAAUACAUGUUUGUGUUCCCGACCCUAUAGUGUUACUUUAAUCUAUAUCACUGUCAGUACAGGAGGAUACGGCCCGGGCUCAAUGUUCUCAUUAAUAUGGAUGAACACCCAGUGUCAGUACAAGAGGAGGCUACUACUCAGUGUGCUUAUUAAUAUACAUCAACAUUCAUUGUCAGUACAGGAGGCUGCUUAAUAUGCUCAGUAAAAUAGAUCAGUAGUGGAUGAAAUGAGGACAAAACAGGAGGAGAAUGCUCAAUGUGUUCAUUAAGUAUUCAUGUGUCAGUAGAGGAGGUGGAUUCUCAAUGUGCCCAUUAGUAUGUAUCAUCACCUGAAUGUCAAUACAGAAGAAUGCAACACAAUGUGUUUAUUAGUAUGCAUUAGCCAUAAUGAUAGUAUUGGAGGCUGCUCAACGUGCUCAUUAAUAUGUAUAUGGCUCUAAGUUUAAGUACAGGAAGAGGCUGCUCAAUCUGCUCAUUAAUAAAGAUCAGUCCACAGUUCCAGUACAGAAUGGGUUCGCUUAUUGUCCUCAGGGUUAUUCACUAAAGUGGGAAUUCAAACAGAUACGGAAGCAUAGCGGAGAAUGUUUCCGGUUCAGCUAUUUUGAGACUUUACAGACUUUGUAUUACUAUCAUCUAAGUUUUAUUUAUAAGACUAUUUGUGAUAUUACAAUUUUGGUCACAUAUUUCUUUUACCCCUAUAUUAUUUUAAAGGGGGUUAUUCAGUAAGCGCUGAAACUAUCUGUACAAAAUGUAUCUUUAGAAUUUGGGAAAUUGUUUAUCUGUUUUAGCAGCUAGUGACUAUUGUGUACCUUCGGUACAGUUUUUUUUAUGCACUUUGUCACUAUUUAAAUAGGUAAUAUAAUUAGUAAGCUAUUUUUUCUAAUAGACUUUGUAUUACAACGCAGCCAACUUUAUUACUAUCUCUUUGCGCUCUCUUGCUUGCAUUUGUUGUAUUCGUUUUCUUGUAAGAAUUGCAUUCAGCCAUUAACAGCCCAGAAAUCAAACUAUUUGUGACACACUUUAAAGGGGCUACAUUAGACCAGGUGGAAAUCACCUGUCUGGACUAGGAGACAGCUAGUUUAUUUACAUUAAAUUGUUUCCAUGACUAAUUUCCAACUUCGUUUCUGAACUACCAAACUAGACAAUUCAGUUUAUGAUAUAGGAAUGGAUUAAUUUACAUAUAUUCAGUUUUUUUUUGUUUUUUUUUAAAUCAUAGCAAAUUCAAACCCAGAUUAGCAAAAUAUAGGUAAAAAAAAGCCAGGAUGUAAAUAGAGUUCAGUUGGACAAUUUCUUUACGUCUACUAUUUUAGCCCAGAUAUUGUCAUUUGGACAUCAGUUCUCUACUCUUUGGAAUUUAGUGAAUACCUUGAUUGUAUGAGAUCCUGUGAUUUUUGGUGCAGAGAUUUCAUUGCAUUACCACCAAACGUGCUAAAUUUGAACUGCACAUUCAAACAGGAGAAUUUUGCAUAUUUGAAGCAAUUCCUUACCUUCAUGAAUAUUCACAUGUAGUGUUAUUCAGUAGAAUAGGAACUGUGUAGAAGUGACAAAUGCAUUUCACAUUUUAGGAUAAAAACAAAACACUAAAUAUAAAAAAUAGCAGCAGUGGAAGAUUUAUUUUGCAGUUUGGGUAAUUUGUCCUGGAUUUAAAAUUCCCUGGCCCAUUCCCCUUAGUUAUUUCCCCCCUGCCAGUUACCAGCUAAAACACCAUUAGACUAAGGUAACCAAGUUAUAGCAAUGAAGCAAGUGGAGAAUGUUUACAAAUUAUUGAAAUUCAAUUUUUAAUGCUGUUAUGCCAGUCUCUGGAUUGUGUUAUUCUAGGUAGGCUUGUCGGUAUUAGUUUAGUAUAGGAGCUCUCUGUAUUCGGUUAUUGUGUUAUUAUUAUUAUUAUUAUUAUUAUUAUUAUUAUUAUUAUCCCAGGCUCUGUGUUGGAUUAGUUUCAGCUAAUCGACUUGUUCGGCAGGCAGCCAGUAAACCUGCUCGAUGUAACGUGAUCGGCGUGCAGACAUAGCACAUUCCUAUCGUGCCUCCAAUCGGGAGCUCUCCGGUCACGUGACUGCCGUGACAUCAGAGUCACUGUAUCUGUAUGGACCUGGCUGCUGCCCGCUCCAUGGUGCUGGCGGAGACUGGCUGACCCGGAAGUGGCCGGUUUCGUUUCUUCGCUCUCUAUCCGUAGGAACCGAAAUUGAGUGCCGAGCGGUUGAUUUACGGCUGAUCUUUAGAACAAACCGAGCACCAGGCGGUGUGUACGGUGAGGGGCAUACUGGCAGCUUGGUUAAUUUAAAGGAUUACAGUCAUGGCACCGGAUAGGGCGAGGGUGCAGUCAGUGAGCUGUCAAUGGGCUACUAGGGGACAUAAUGGUAGCCUCCCAUGGCAUCAAGAGGGGGAGCUGGCCAUUGGGUGGGGGUCAUGGGGUUAUAGUGUGGGGGCAGGGGGUCAUGGGGUUAUAGUGUGGGGGCAGGGGGUCAUGGGGUUAUAGUGGGUGCAGGGGUAUGUAAACAUACAGGGGAGGGGAGCUGGCCAUUUGGUGGGGGUCAUGGGGUUAUAGUGUAGGGGGGGGGGUUAUAGUGUGGGGCAGGGGUCAUGGGGUUAUAGUGGGGGUAUGUAAACAUACAGGGAGGGGCUGGCCAUUUGGUGGGGGUCAUGGGGUUAUAGUGUGGGGGCAGGGGUCAUGGGGUUAUAGUGGGGGGUAGGGGAUAUGUAAACAUUCAGAGAGGGGGAGCUGGCCAUUGGGUGGGGGGGUCAUGGGGUUAUAGUUGGGGGGCAGGGGGUAUGUAAACACUAGAGAGGGGGAGCUGGCCAUUGGGUGGUGGUCAUGGGGUUAUAGUGGGAUGGUUUGUAAACAUACAGGGAGGUAGAGCUGGCCAUUGGGUGGGGGGGUCCUGGGGUCUACCCGGCCCCCAAUUUUGUGGUAAUUGAUCAGUUUAUAUGUUAGCAUGUCUAUCUAUCCCCCUCUUAUAACCCCAACCUCCCUCAUUAGUGCUAUUCAUUUCUCUCUAGUGGUUACAGUGUAUAUUCAGCAGACUAGAAUUUGCUUGUUUUAAAACCUUUUUUAAACUCAGUAUCAGUGUUCUGGUUUAUUCUUCAUAUUAUGUCAUUCCACAGUAACGUGAAAAAGGAAGCAAGAGCUCACACAACUUUGAACAAGAGGUGAACUUGCAAACCCCUUUUGUUAUUGUUGUAUUUUGUUUCUGAGUAAAGCGAAUAUGGGAAAGUACCUAGGUCAAGUUCUCCUUGCAGCCUUUUGCUGGAGAGACUUCCCGAUGGCCAAGCUGAGGUGGUGACAUGGAGGGGUGUCUGCACUGCCAUUGGUCAACUCUUGCCAGCAUGCUGAUGACAUACACCUAAUAUGCACAGAAAGACAUUAGCUAGGUGGAGCCAGACUUCCGGCAGCAAGACACUUUUUACUCUGUAUGUGCAGCAUUUCUUAUUGAAUCCAUGCACCACAUCCACUAAUCACUGAAGAGGUCAUGGUGCUUGGUGUAACUCUUCAAUAAAAUUUGAGCUCGUUUUCAGGAAGUGUGUAGGGAGGCUGUAGGUUUAUUUGCGAAGUAUAAAAACUGAUCUCUCUAAUUUCCUGCCUUUAUGUGUGGCAAUAAGGUGUCUUGUCACCUAGCCAUUUCUUACUUCCUCAUUUAUAUAUUUAUAUAAUCUGUAGUUUAUAUAUAGUUUAGGUACUUUUCUGAAUGUUGAAAGACCAGUUUGAUUUGUGUUGACUUUUUUCUUUUUUUUUUUUUAACUGUUUGGUUUCAAAUUCUAUCAGCUUCUUUAAAAUUUUGCAGUAAACAAUCUUCGAUAAAAAUAUUUAGCUUUCAGUUUUAGCAUUGCUCCUUAGUGUGUUGACUUAAAAUGUAUUUGUCAUCUUCAAAUGUUUUUAAGUUAGUUGGUAGUGCCUACACUGGUUUAUAUGCUAAAGUGUGAACUGUUGGAAAAUAUAACAAGAUAAUUGAUUAAACACAAAAUAAAUUCAAAUGGAAAAACUGAUGCAAAAAUAGCUGAUCUGAAGAAAAUCUUAAUUUCUGCCAUAGUCACAGUUUUUACAUUUGCAUUGGUUCUGUUUUUUUUCCCAAAAAUUCAAAGUUUAAUGAUUGCCACAUUUUAGAACAAAAUAGUAACACUGAAAACAUCAGUUGAAGGUAUAUUUUCUCAGUUUAGUAGGUUGGCUAGAAAUAUGAAAUUUCACUUUUAGUUCAUGACCAUACCCUUUAGUAAAUAAUACUGGAAAAACUAUCUUUAUCAGGUGUGGUUCUCCCCUGUAUAUAAUGCUUGGCAUGUUUUAAUAUCCGUAAAAAUGUUUUCUGAGCCUGGAGAAUAUUGUCAGCAAGUAUCUGACACUUGUUUCCUGAUUAUCUGCUGAUCUGUGUAAAAUUUUGUUUACAAAACCAGGAAUUGUAGAAAAUGUGUGGCCACCAACUUGCACCGUAACCACUACAGGGGUACAUUAGAAUCGGCAUGAUUGAACUUGGUAACAGCUGCUAAUGAGCUCUUAGCAAUGUAGCAAUGUCUAAAGUUAAAUUAACUUCCUUUUGGAGGAAACAAUUUUCUUAAAAUGUAUUCAUGCUUUAUCUCUCUGUCCUGUUUAGAUCACAUGCAGGAUGUCUGCAGGGACACCAACUUCUGCCAUCUACAGCCCCAGCACUGCUCCAACUGCUGUAUCUUACGUGACAUCUGUACAUCCAACCUCUAGUCAUGUUAUCAACAGCACCAACAUCACUAUUCCACACACGUGUCUUGUCAUCCUGUACGAAGAUAUCGGGACAUCUAGGUAUGGAACUCGAUCACUGCCUUGGGAUUAGCUUGUCACGUGGAGGCAAAGAAGGUCACACAAUUUUACUAUAGUCCAAAAUAUAUGUGAUUUAUUAAUAUUAAAAUACAUUUAUAAACUAUACACUGCAUUAUAGUUUAAUUCUUGUUAGUUAUUGACACUCUAACAGCUGGCCAAAAACGGUUAAUUAUGUUGGCACCAUAACAAACUCACAGUUUCGAUACUCUCCAACAGCACUUUUUCCAUGAUCAGCUUUGAGAAAAAGAGCCCCAUACCCAACAUUAAAACAGUCAGGAUUUCAUUAUCACAAUCCUUCUGAAGAAGAUAUCAAUACUAUAUCAACUGAGCCAUUGGAUAUUAAGAAAAUGUAUCAUAAAAAAUAUCUUGAGAAAUCAAGAGUUAUUAAACUCACUGCUGGAAAUUCAAAGGGGUCAAACUGGCUGGUCAGGUCUUUCAUAGUACAUAGUUGAAAAGAGACUUGCAUCCAUCAAAUUCAGCCUUCCUCACAUAUGUUUUUGCUGUUGAUCCAAAAGAGGCAAAACACCCAGUCUGAAGCACUUUCAAUUUUGCAACAAACUAAAAAAAUAAAAUUCUUUCUUGACCCAAAAAUGGCAGUCCGAUAUCUCCUUGGAUCAAGCAGCUAUUACCCCACUAAUUAGUUUGUUUUUGCAAGUAUUUAUCGAAUUUCUGUUUAAACAUCUCUGUGGACUCUGAUUAAACCACACUUUCAGGCAGAUAAUUCCAUAUCCUUAUUGUUCUUACUGUAAAACAAAACCUUUUCUUUGCCUUGGACUAAAUGUUCUUUCUUCCAGCCUAUAUGUGUGACAUUGUGUCCUAUGUAUAGCCCUGUUUAUGAAUAGAUUUCCAGAUAAUGGUUUGCACUGGCCCCAAAUAUAUUUGUAUAAUGUUAUCAUAUCCCCUGUGACGGGCCGUUUUUCUAAACUAAAGGGAUCUAAUUUUUUAACCUUUCUUAAUAACUAAAAUGCUCCAUUCCUUUAAUCUAUUUUGUAGCUUGUCUCUGCACUUUUUUAGUGACAUGAUAUCCUUCGUUAGAACAGUUGCCAAAAAUUGCACAGAAUAUUCAAGAUGUGGUCUUACCAGCAAUUUAUAAAGAGGCCAAAUUAUGUUUCCAUCCCGAGAAUUUAUGCCCCUGUUUAUACAUGACAAAACCUUACUGGCCUUAGCAACUGCAGAUUGACAUUGCAUAUUGCUGCCUAAUUUGUUUUCCAUAACAAUUCCCAAAUCCUUCCCGUGUGUGGUAUCCCUAAUUCACUACCAUUUAGGGUGUAAGUAGCUUGUGCAUUCUUUACCCCGAAGUGCAUAACUUUGCGUUUCUCUACAUUCAAUUUAAUCUGCCAUUUUAGUACCCAGUCCCCCAGUGUAUCUAAAUGCCACUGCAUCAAAACAAUAGCCUUCUCAUAUUUUAUUGCUGUACAAAGUUUUGUGUCAUCUGCAAACACUAAACAAGGCUUUCUAUACCUAUUUCAAGAUCAUUUAUAAAUAUGUUAAAUAGAAGAGGUCCCAAAACAGAACCCUGAUGGACACCACUUUUGUCCAGCUUGAAAAUUUACCAUUGAUGACAACUUGUAAUCUAUCCUUAAAGGACCAUUAUAGUGCCCGCUGGGCUCUAGGUAGUGGAAGGUGUUAAACUUACCUCUUUUCCAGCGCCGGGCGGGGGACUCUCCUCCUACUCUCCUCCUCGGCUGAAUGCGCAUGCACGGCACGUCCUAUGGACGCUGGCGUCUUCUCACUGUGAAAAUCACAUUGGGAAGCGCCUCUAGCGGCUGUCAAUGAGACAGCCACUAGAUGCUGGAUUAACCCUAUUAUAAACAUAGCACUUUCUCUGAAACUGCUAUGUUUAUAGAAAAAAGGGUAAUCCUAGGUGGACCUGGCACCCAGACCACUUCAUUAAGCUGAAGUGGUCUGGGUGCCUAUAGUGGUCCUUUAAUCCAAUAUUCUAGCCAUGAGCAAGAAUAUUCAUCUAGACCAAUUUCUUUUAGUUUGAAGACUAACCUAUUGUGAGGAACCGUAUCAAAUGCCUUGGUAAAAUCCAAGUAGAUCACAUUCACUGCAACACCCUGAUCUAUACUUCUACUUACUUGUUGCAGAUUGCAAUUAGGUUAGUUUGACAUGACCUAUGUUUCAUAAAACAAUGCUGAUUAUUGCUAAUAACAAAGUUCUUCCCAAUGAAUUCCUGAAUAUUAUCCCUUAAUAGCCUUUCAAAUACUUUCCCAGUCACAGACGUUAAACUCACAGAGCUAUAAUUUCCAGGCAAGGAUUUUGAACCCUUUUUAAAUAUAGGAACACCAUCUGCCUUUCUCCAAUCCUCUGGUACAAUUCCUGAAACAAAAGAAUCUUGAAAGAUUUUGGUCCAUUUGUUUGUAUGUUAAAAGGACACUAAAGGCACCAAAACAACUUUGGCUUAGUGAAUCAGUUUUUGUGUGUAGAUCAUGCCUUUUCACUGCUCAAUUUACUGCCAUUUAGGAGUUAAAUCACUUUUGUUUAUGUUUAUGCAGCCCUAGCCACACCUCUUCUGGCUGUGACUGACGCAGCCUGCAUGAAAACAAAAUGGUUUCACUUUCAAUCAGAUGUUACUUACUUUAAAAGAUUUUUUUUUCUCCUGCUCUGUAAAUGGAACUUUAAUUGUAUACAGGAGCAAGCUAUUAACAGAGCAGGAGACUUGAAAUUCUAAAUAAGAGAGUAUGCAAUAAAGGAAGUAUAUUCAUUAGAUGAACCAGAUAGGACCUCUAGUAGCCAUCUGAGUGACUGCCACCAGAGAUGUCUCUAGGGAGCAAUGUAAACACUGCCUUUUUGUCUGAAAGUGUUUACAGCAAAAUGCUUGCAGCGACUGACUAUAAUCCCCAGAACAACUACAUUAAGCUGUGAAUGUUCUGGUGACUAUAGUAACUAAUUAAUUGGAGGUCCCUGGUGCUGGGUUACCUUUAGGGGUUAAACUGUUCACGAAUGGUUUAACCCCAAAGUCUGCUCUCCAGUACGGUUUUGCUCUGCCCCGUCUUUCCUCUGCUUUCAGAUUUUUCAAACCGUAAUCCUUGGACUGCUGCGAAUAGGAGCACCCUUGAUUGGCUGAGAGCAUCAGCUGAUGCUCCAAGUCAGUCAGUAGCUUUCCAUUCAUAAAAACAGCUUGAGAAAAAUAUGUACGUUUCUCAAGCAGUUUUGUGGAUGGUUUAACCCCCUAAAAAUUAAGCUGGCAACAGGACCUCGUAGCAUAAAAACUUUAUUCCAAUUAAGUAGCUAUUGUUCCCUGAAGUUCCUUUUAACCACUAUGCCCUUGAAGUCUAAAUUUGAAUCCCGCUGGUUUUAUACUACAACUCCCAUUAUUCUGUGCCAGUUCAGCGAGGACUUUUUUAUCAUUCUUGCCAACCUAUAAUCGAUAAAAAUGUCCAGGGAGUGCCAUGAUUAGCUUGGAUUUCACAGGAAUAAGGAAUUGUGAAAACGAAGUCUUGGCUGAAACUUGUCAGAUCGUCUUAUUGCGAUUUGCCAAAGAACGUUGAUAAGAGUAAUGAUUGGUUUGGUAAGAAUGACAGUUACACAAUUACAUUUUCUUCCAAAGUACAAGGAUGAAGAAAGCUCUAGAUUUUAUACAGACUGACACUUUCACUGAAACAGAUUAGUUACCCUUGGGGAUAGAUAUUAAAAUAAACAUAGGAUUUAUACCAUCACUUUAAAAGUUUUUAUUUAUUUAUUUAUUUAUUUUUUUUAAAUUCUUUAUUUUUAUUUAUGUUGUGCACAAAUAUAACAUUAUGCCUGUGCAGCCACAACAGCUGGCACAAGCAAUCCUUUUACUUCAUAACAAACAGAUAUUAUAGGUAAAGCAAUGAGAGUAAUGUGUCCAGUUUUAGUCUAUGGUAGCAGGAAGGAGCACACGGUGUCAAGACAAGUUGGUCUUGGAGUCCCUAUUGUAGUGGCCGUCUAGGUGUGUUAGGCAUAUUACUGCUCCGAUCAUGGGUGAUGUUAUGUAGUCCAGCUAUCAGUGGACUUAUCGAUGGGUCUGUGGACUGUCAUUAUGGUGCAGCGGGGACUAGGCUCCGAGGUGGCUAGUGGAAGGAUGUACCCCUGUGAUUUGGGAGAAUAUGUGUCAGUGUGGCCUGUUAACCCGCCUGUAGGGUGUGUGUUUAGGUGCGUGGGUAUCCAUGUCCCUAAUAUGUCCGUUCGUGGCCUGUCAAGUCCUCCGUCAGAGAGGGUGGCCCAUAGCCUGGUCUUAUGAGUAAGGGAUUGUCGGUGUGUCCGGCUAGGUUCUGGGGACCCCUGAGUGAUUGUGUGCCUCAAGUGCUAGCGCAUUUGUGUUGACUUUAAAAGUUUUUGUUACCAUGUUAACACAUUGUGUUUAUUCAUUGAGGUAAGAACUGUUGACUAUAGACCAAGGUAUUACAAAGUUUAGCCACAUAGCAGCACCGAUUCUGCUGGUUUUUCAGACUCCAAAUUUGCAAUUCCAUUUAGUACAUAACCCCUAUAUAUGUGACAAUGUGAUAUGACAUGCAUUGGUCCGGUAUCUCAUGGUGUGCAUUAACUGGCUUAAAUUCCUUUUGAUAUUAGAAUAUUUUUACAUUUUCUUUAUUUUAUAAACUUUUCUGUGUGCUUCAUGUGUGUGGAAUGUCAUUUCAUUCAAUUCUCAAGGUUUCAGAUCCCUGUUUUACUGUUAGUAAAAUUUCCCUGAUGUGUAAAAGUUUCUAUAUUGAACAGCAGGCUUUAAAGUUCCCUUUUAAAAAAAAACAAAACAAAAAACACCAUGUUUACAAGUCAGGAUGCAGUUGUUUCCUAUUUUUAUAUAAAUGCCUCAUGUUGCUCUUUUCCACAGGGUCAGAUACUGGGACCUAAUGCUUCUUAUCCCGAAUGUUCUCUUCUUCGCAUUUUUGCUUUGGAAGCUGCCGUCUGCAAGGGCUAAAAUACGCGUUACAUCUAGUCCAAUAUUUACUACUUUCUACAUCCUGGUGAGUCUGUUCCCGACAGAGUGUGUUUUCUUAUCUGUCAUUAUCCAAUAUUUAAAGGGAAAUGCAUCUCUUUGAGACAACAGUCUCAUUCAAAGGCUUUGCCUUUGAAUAGGACAAUUGUGUUAUUCUGCAUGCAGAAAAAAAACAAGCAUUUUCCAUUGGGGGGGAGGAGAGAGGUUGAUACUGAUGUCAUCCAAUCAGUGUCCAAUGCCUAUGAAGCGUUAAAAAACACUUUGUGUAAGUUUAACUUGACCUUGCAUGUGCUAUUGAACAAUCUUGUAAUGUUGCAAGAUCUUUUGGGACGUGCCGGCUGUGAACGUGCAUUCAUGAUUGGCUCUUCCCCUAGACUUUGGGCUUUCCUUAGAUUACUCUGGCCUCCUAGGAGAGGAUCAAAGGUUCUUGCACAGAGACCAACUCAUGAUCAUCUCCAUGCAACCCCUUAUAUUUAGUUAAAAGGGAACAGGGAUGCAAUUAUUUUACUUUAAACACAAAGUAGAACUAAACUACUAAAACAAUUUCUUAACACAAUUACAGAAACAAUAUGAACCACAUUAAAAAAUGUGCAUUACAAUUGCAUAUACAAUUUGUGUAAUAUAACCUGAUAAGAUCAACAAUAUCCACUAAAAAGCUUUCAGAAUUUCUAUAAUAUAAGAAUUAAAAUACACAAUAAAAGGACUAGGAUGAAACGUGUUGGAUACAUAUACUUUUGACAUAGACUUUUUGUUAAUUCUGCUUUGUAUGUUGUAUUACACUAUGUGUAUUUUAUUUCUAUUAUUAUAGAAAUUCUGAAAGCACGUUAUAGGAUAUUGUUCUUCGAUCUUAUCAGGUUAUGUUACACCAAUUGUAUAUGUGAUUGUGUAUUCCUCACAUAUUUUGUGUUUCAUUUUAUGUAUAUUGGGUGGGUUUAUGAGGUACACCCGGGAGAGUACUUUCACAUAUAUCUUACAUAUAUUCACUAUUCCGGGGUAUCUUGUUGUUUCACUAUAUGCAUCACGAUUACCCACGUAAUUGCACUACAAAAGGGUGGAGCAUACAAGAUUCCCUCCACAGCAGUUACUCCCUGAACUUCACAGAAUUUCUGCGGUGUGAACAAAGUGCAGUAUGUAACACUUGCUGUUUACUAUCAACAUGAGUAAAAAUGUUUACUCCAAAAAGCUAUCUUAGAGACCAACUCAGGAAGUAAUGCAGGAGGAGGUCCGGACAGAGUAAUGCGUGAUUCUCUCUUGCGCUUUUGUUGCUGUAGUGAGAGGUGACAUCUUCACCUGGCCAUGUCUGCUUUCACUGGGAGAUAUCAGAUUGAUUACGUACUCAUACAGAAGUAGGAGGGUUAUAUAUUUACUUAUUAGUUUCAGUCAUUUAAGAUACCACAUAUUUCCUUUAAGGACACUUACAAUGAAUUGAAUUCAGUCCUGUAGAAAACCUUUUCCAAAAUUGGCUUGAAAGGUGUAUAUAAUAUGAUAUCAAGAGGCUACGCUCACCUGAACAUGCAUACAUUAUAGGGUGCUGCUGGGGCCAAUUCAUACAACAUACAAGAACCAGCAAACUCACUCAUCCACUAAACAGCAAUUUCAAAGCCCAUAGAAUGUAAUAUAUAUUUUUUUUUUUUAACACCUAACCUAGGCGAAAAUAAAAGGGGGUUUAGUUACAUUAUGUGUUUUUUUUUUUUUUUAAUUAAUUAUUUUUUUAUUCUAGGUGUUCGUGGUAGCGCUUGUAGGAAUUACUCGAGCUAUUGUCUCAAUGACAGUCAGCUCUUCAAGUGUGGCCACUAUCAUUGAUAAGGUGAGAGUUGAACAUCUUUUCUUUCAUAGCCCCCUUCCUACAUAAUUUACCAUUUGCAGAGCCUGAACAUGGGCAUUAUUAAAAGCAUAAGGCCUCUGUUAACUCCUGUAAUUGCAAUGUGGCAAGAUCUUAACUACUUCUUUGAGUAUCAUGGCCUCUAUUUAAAGGCACAUUAUAGUCACCAUAACAACUACAGCUUAAUGUAGUUGUUCUGGUGAGUAUAAUCAUUAUAUGCAAGCAUUUUUAUGCAACAUUGCCUUUUUUGAGAAGAGAUGGCCUCUGGAGGUGCUUCCUGGCUCAGUGCUGCACAGCAGGCAGCACUGCCGUUCAGCAUCUCCACGCUCUGCAUGAGGAUGCUGAAUUUUCCUCAAAGAGAUGCAUUGAUUCAAUGCAUCUCUAUGAGGAGGUGCUGACUGGUUGCUGUUUUUAUCCAAUCCAAUGCAUUGGAUUGGCUAAAAAGAGGCAAUUCUGAUAAUGUGACCAAGGGGGCAGAGUCAGCGCCCGCGGAGUCACCCGGCGCUGGAAAUAAGGUAAGUUUUAAUUCCUUUUAAGGGGGGCAAGCCACCUAAAUGGUGGGUUUUGCACUUUAAGGUCAGGAAUACAUGGUUGUGUUCCUUUAAUAUUUUUUGGAUAAGCUUUUUUUUUUUUUCCUCCUCUCUCCCCCCCUCUGCCAGGUCCCUCUAGGAUUAACCCUUUCUGCUAUGUUUACAAAUGUGUUAAUCCAGCCUCUAGUGGCGGUCUCAUUGACAGCUGCUAGAGGCGCUUCUCACUGUGAUUUUGACAGUGAGAAGACGCAAGCGUCCAUUGAAAAUGCUUUCCUAUGAUACUGGCUGAAUGUGCGUGCGGCUUUCGGUCUGGGUGCCAGGUCACUCUAGGAUUAACCCUUUCUGCUGUGUUUACAAAUGGAUUAAUCCAGCCUCUAGUGGCUGUCUCGUUGACAGCCGCUAGAGGCGCUUCUCACUGUGAUUUUUCACAGAAUGCUUUCCUAUGAGACUGGCUGAAUGCCGCGCAUGCAUCCGAUGACGGGAAAGGAGGAGAGUCCCCAGCGCCGAGGGAGCCCGGCGCUGGAAAAAGGGUAAGGGAUUAACCCCUUCCUCCCCCUUCAGCCCGACGGGAGGAGGACCCUGAGGGUGAGGGGGACCCAACGAGCCAAUAGAACCAGGAAAAUGAGUGUUUUCCUGGCACUAUAGUGGUCCUUUAAUAUUUUGAAAAAAAAUAUUUUUAAAAGAAUCAUAAAAAUUGUGACUUGGCCUGAAACAAAUCCUAAAUGUAUCUUGUGCUAAGGGAAGUGCUACAGUUUUCAGCCCUGGUCAGUGGACAGAUGGUAAAUGUAACUGCCGUACACCACAAUCUCUGUCUCAUUUUAUAUAGAGCUCUGUGACUGUGGAAUAGCAUUCCAGAAAGUUUCACACCUUUACUUGACUAGCAUGUGUGAAAAAAAGGUCUCUUUGUAUACACAUUUGAACAAUAAUAGCUACUAUUUUGUUAUUUGAUUAGUAAAUAUUUGUAAACUGGAGCAUUGUUCUGUUCUGCACUGAUUAACACUUUUCUCUGAUUUUUAACUUUCACAGGUUCUCUGGGAAAUCACCAGGUUUUUCCUCCUUGCCAUUGAGCUCAGUGUCAUUAUUCUGGGUCUUGCUUUUUGUAAGUUAUCCUUUUUACACUCACUUGUGCUGCGUAUGCUGGACCUUAUAUAUACAAAUAAUUUGCAGCACACCAGUAUUUAUUUGUGUCCAUAAAGUUUGGUUCUCACUGCACUUUGAUAAAUAUUAUACAUCAAAUGCCUUAUUACAUAAUUAAAAUAACCAUGCAGUGCAGGGAUCACUGUAAGGAUGAAAAAAAAAUAUUUUCCUUGAAUUCUUGCUGAUAUGCACCCGUAUUGAAGUUGCAAAGAUAGUAAAAUAUUUUUCCCAUCAGUCUUAUAGUCUGAGACCGUGCAGCAAUUCUUCACUGCUCCUUAAAGUAAAACUUGAACUAUAAAAAUAUAAUUUUUAAAGUUAAAUGUUCUACUGUCCCAUUUUACAUUGAGCUCCAUUUCGUCCUUUUAAAUAAAAUGUGAAGCAAACAAACAAAUGCCAAAUGCACCUCUCUGCUUUCUGUGAAAUCAUUAGUACUGAUCUUUGUCCAGGCCAUAUAGGUGAGCAUCAGCGACCUAUGGCAAGUGCAUGGCCUGGUGCUUCUCAGCCUAUGAGCACCAAUAUUGGUGUUUGGCAUCACUGUGUAUGAUGAUGCCUAACAUGAAGAAAUUUAGCUAUACGGUGGUCUUCAGUGGCAUGUUUUCAUGACAGAGGGUAGGGGUGGGGUUUUAGACAAAUGUAAAGAUUGCCAUUUCCCAGGAAACAGCAAUGUUUUACAUGGUCUUAAAAAAAGGGACAAGGUCUGUACAUGCAAGAGUACUUUUGUUAAGAUGAAGUGGUUAUGUUGCUUACUGUCCCUUUAAGCAAGAGGCAUGUAAUCAAGAGAGGGACCCUGAACAUAAAAUUUCCUGAUCAUUACAUACAACUCAGUACUCACCUCCCCAACUCACCUGAUCAGUGGAAAGUAUGCACUUAUGAUUUUAAAAUGUGCCAGGGCUGCAAUAAAAUUACUUUAAAAAUUAAGCUAGAAGUUGGGGGGGAGGGGAGGAAUUUUGCUGCACUUUAAGCAUAAAAGUGUAACAUUAAACAAGCUUAUGGUGUACAUCAAAAAAAGAGAAAAUUCUGUCUUUAUCUAUGUUUGCAUUUCUGGCAUGUGCACUUAUGUUAAAAGACACCAUAGUCGCUGCCAAUAGCAGUGCCAAUAUCCUUCUUUAAAAAAACACAGAGCUUUGUGUGGGCAGGUAAACAAUCCAGAGUAGCCAUGAAACAAUUAUACAGAAGCUAUGCUGAGGGAGGCAUGGGGGUCCCUGACCUCCUCCUAUACCACAGAGCGGCAGUGCUGGCACCACUGACACAGGCAGAUACGACUCAAAACCGCCCACAAUGGGUCUCAAUUGAGGAAAGGUUUUUAGACACACCGCUGGCAACAAUGUGUUGGAUUCCCCAGGAACAUAGGCCCAAAGCACCUGGCUUACUGCCUAUCACGCAGUUUAUGAUACAAACAUGGGACAAACACCAUCUAAUAUGGACACAGAAAAUACCUAAAGCCGCCCCAGUAUCUGUUCUACCGUCCCAAUGCGGGGACAGCUAUCCAUGUGCUACCAGGCACUAAAUCAACACCAACCCUUUGGACAAUGCCAGUAUGCAGUGGAGUGGGCUAGGAAUUGUGGGGAGACCAUUUCAGAUUCACAGUGGGCAGUGAUCCUGAGGGCAUUGAAAGGGGUCACAAACUGCGCAGCACACAUAGAAUUACACAGAAAUUUUUUACUGAGGUAGUACAUGGUCCCGGCCAGACAAGCACGCAUCUUCCAAGAUGGCUCUCCUACAUGCUGGAGAUGUGGAAAACAGAAGGGCACGAUGCUCCACAUAUGGUGGACAUGCCCAGUCCUCCUGCCAAUGUGGACUAAGAUAAACGCCAUGGUGGGGAACAUUGCUAAAAUAGCCAUACCAAACAAUCCCCUAAACUUACUGUUGCUAUAUCUGUCCUCUCAAAUAGGAUGGGAUAACAAAGUGGUGACAACCCACGUCCUUCUUGCCACCCUUUACCUUAUUGCGAGGCACUGGAAACAGACAAGACCUCCAUCGAUUAAAGACGUAAUUGCCACAGUGGAAAAACAAACAAACAAUAUGAACUGACAUAUGCAGAAUUCGAAGGGAGGAGAAAACAAAAGACGCUCACCUGGUUGGGGUGGGAACAUUUUAGAGAGGGAUAUAGAGAAGGAGAUGAUACACAGACCGGAGGGAAUGCCCUCUAUGAAAUGUGAGGCUGGAUUGGUAUAGAGAGUAUGUAGUAAGUGGAGCUGAAAUCAUUUAAAGGGAAACCUGGACUCCUCAGUUGGUGCACCUGAUACAGAUUAGCAAUUAAAACAAAUGCCAGAGAGAAACGUUCCCCCCCCCCCCCAAACCCUCCACACCACCCCCAACUCAUGGCGGGCGCUCCAGUACAUAGGGUUUAAUGUUUAUGGUUCAUUGUUGACUCCUAGAUAAUUACGAGAGGGAAGAUGAGGAAGGGGGACAUAUGCGUGAAUUACCUACUGCACAUUGUUGAGACUGUAUAUAAUAGAAAAAUAUACCAUAGGAAAUUGAAUUGUAACCGACUGAAAACCUGUUAUAGAUAAAUGUACAAAAGUCAAGUUUGUUCCCCUACAUCCUUUUCUCUUCUGUAUCCCCCAUGGUUUCUAGUACCUAUAAAAAUAAAAAUUGUCAAAUUGAAGAAAAAAAAAAAAAAGACACUGUAGUCACCAGAACCACUUAACAGCUUAAUGUAGUGGUUCUCGUGUCUAUAACCUGUCCCUGCAGGCUUUUUAGUGUAAACACUGCCUUGUUUACAUUGCUGCCUAGAAACACAUCUAGUAGUAGUCACUGAUACAGCCACUAGAGGUGCUUCCUAGUCCAGUACUGCACAGUGUCUCCACACUGCAUGGAGAUUAUGGAGAUGCUAAACGUUUCCCAUAGAGAUGUAUUGAUUCAAUGCAUCUCUUUGCGGAAUUGCUGAUUGGCGUUGUACCGCACAUGUGCAAUAGCCUCCCAAUGCUUUUCGAUGGGAAAGCAUUGGUUUGGAUGAGAUCAUCAAGGUCGAUGAUCUCAGCCAUGAAGUUAAGACCAGCGUGGGAGAAAAGGCAUGUGUUUUUAUUUUUUUAUUUUUUGUUUGUUUUAAACCUUUUCAGAUCAAUCUGAGGGGACUGGAGAGAAAAAAAAAGUUAGUUUAACACUACACUGUUAUGAAUACAUGUUUGUAUUUCUGACACUAUAAUGUUGCUUUAAGUAUAGUUUCCUCCAUUAUGUCAUUUUAAACAUCAAAACAGCCAUAUUUAAAAUGACACGCAUCAAAAUUGUUGUUUCUGCAUUACUAAGAGUGCAUCAUCAUUACAUGCUGUUCAUACGCAUAUGUCCAAUAACUUGUUUCAGGGUGAAUACAUUUAAGAGUAGUUUUUACUCCACUUACACCCACUGUCUAUGAUUAGGAUUAUAUUCUCUGGUUAGGUGUUACAGUCAACCUUUGAGUCCUGAUGUUACUCCUUCCAAAGUGCAUCCAAUUUCCACAUUUAGAUUAGGGAUUAAUUGAUGAGCGUUGGAGUGUAAAUUUGGUUUUAGUUUGUUCUAAAAUGUUUUUCAAUUACGUCUCAAAUCAAAAGUGACUUGCAAAACCUCAGUCUCUAAUUAUCCAUUGCAUUUUGUUUGCUAAUAAUAUGGAAUGAAAUGUAUGGUUUAGAGCUUCCCAUUGAGUGUUUAUCAUGUGUUUCCUUCCUUCCAGGCCAUCUUGAGAGUAAUUCCAGUGUGAAGAGGGUUCUGGCAAUCACUGCUGUUCUGUCUCUCGGGUAUUCUGUGACACAGGUAAAAUUGAGCUCAUUCAAGGAGAACAGUAUUGGUAUUUCCAGAUUGGUUCUCUGUGCACUACAACACUAAAUGACUGGUGUUUUAGCAGAAUAAAUAUUGUUGUUUUCUAAACAUAAGAUUAAGUUAUUUUUGGCUUAUCGUUAAUUGGAACCUCUGGCUAUAAGAGGGACUUUUGAUAUGUCUAGUUUGGGAAUAGGUUUUUAAAGUAUUUGUUUAUUGUUUUUCCUUUCCUCUUUAGGCUUUUAUAGACUUAGAGCAUUAAUUGAUAGACUGCUUAAAUGCUUGUGAGUCUAUGAUAGUCUUUUAGGAGCCAGAAUAACACAGAGACAUUAAUAAAGCAGUUUUGCUUGGCCAUCCUGUGACAUCACCAAGGCAGAUCAGUUUCAUGCCGAUCUUUUUAAAGUACCAAACAGAAGACUAGACGUACAACUAAAUCCUUUCAGUGACUUAUUUAUCCAGGUUUAUAAUUUAUUUAUUUCUAGCAGGUGACGUUUCAGCUCACAAUGCACCUUUCUCAAACCUAUUUUGAGAAAGGCAUAUCGUGAGUCCAAAUGUCAAAUACCUACUUGUGCAAAUAAAAAACAAACUUGUACUUGGUCUUCUGCCUCUGCUACAUCAUUAGUGAAGUUGUCUACCUCUGACAUGUUUAUGUGUGCAUGCCUGCUUUACAUAUACCAAAUCUUUUUAAGGUGCACCCAUCAUCCACAAAACAAUGCGAAUGACAGGGUCAACUUUAGUUAGUAGUACAAACUUGUUGAAUAGGUAUACUUAGUUAACAUUUGUGUAUCCAUUAUUUAAGGUGGCUGUCCAGAGGAUGUAAUUGGACUUGUGCAUUCCAUCCCAACUAAGGCUGUAGACAGCAAUCCACAAGAUUUAGUGGGCAUGCAAACUAGAAAUUGUGGGAUGCGGGGCAUAGCUAUUUGGAGGCAGUAUAAUUUAUUCAUUCCUUCCCUUAAAACAUUUUUAACAAUUUCUCCAUCACAUUGUUUACACUUUGUUUUUUGUUUUUUUUUUGUUUGUUUUUUCCCCCAGGGAACUCUGGAAAUCCUGUAUCCUGAUGCUCACCUCUCAGCCGAGGAUUUUAACAUAUAUGGACAUGGUGGAAGGCAUUUUUGGCUGGCAAGCUCAUGUUUUUUCUUCCUAGUAAGUAGAGGUCACACUUGUUAUGAUCUGUUAACCAGCUGAGGAUUGGAGAAAACUCUCAGGCAGUUGAUUUGUCAAGUUCUGGAGAUUUGAAGUUGGCCUGCUACUGUAUCAGGGAAAUAUAAAUGUUUGGGGAAAAGGUGGUAUCUUUUUAUUGUCCAAAUAAUUCUAUUGAUUUUCCUAGUGUUCAGGACACUUGAGUGCCUUCUCAUAAUGUACAAAUAACAAUGAAACCUCAUCCUUUGUUUCUCCACUUUGUCUUGUGUGGGAGGCUUUAUUAGUCUGUGUGCUAAGUCACCUAAACUUCAUUAUCUGGCUCUAGAAACAAGGUUUACAGUGUGUGAGUUGCUGUAUUUCACCUUAUUUUAAACGUUUUGAGAUUGUAAGAUAAAGCCAAGCAGGCCUUUUUUUUUAUAUAAUUUAUGUUAUAUAUAUAUAUAUUUUAUAUAGAUAUCUGUAGAUGAUGCUAAAGAUAUUUGGUGUAUGUAGAUAUUGUGUUAGUACUAGUGAUGUCCCGAACGGUUUGCCGCGGACGGCGAACAUAAACAUAAACUUUGACCCUGUACCUCACAGUCAGCAGACACAUUCCAGCCAAUCAGCAGCAGACUCUCCCUCCCAGACCCUCCCACCUCCUGGACAGCUCACUAAGAAUGCAGCUUCACAAUGAAUGUAAAAUGGAUGCUGUCCAGGAGGUGGGAGGGUCUGCUGCUGAUUGGCUGGAAUGUGUCUGCUGACUGUGAGGUACAGGGUCAAAGUUUGUUUAUGUUCGCCGUCCGUGGCGAACCGUUCGGCGAACUGUUCGGGACAUCACUAGUUAGCACAUAUGCACGCAAAAGUUAUACCAAAAUACAGCCCAAUCAUAUGGAGAAACUACAGGCAGUGACUGCAUGUCAGCCAGGAAACUAUUUGUAUCCAUAAUCUCUCUAUCACAAACUUGACAGAAUUUAAAAAAAAAUAAAUAUAUAUAUAUAUAUAUAUAUAUAUAUAUAUAUAUAUAUAUAUAUAUGUUGAAAAUUAAGUUUGCAUUGACCUACAGCAAGAGAGCAGAAUUUCGAGCCAUAACCAACAAUUUAAAUUAACAAAGCUUUAUAAUCUCUUAACCUUUUUGUCAGUGUAUGUGGUUAAUAUCUAACUUCCAAUGUUACCAACAGGUGUAUGCUCUUGUCUCUAUACUACCAAAAACUCCACUGAAAGAUCGCAUCUCCCUGCCAUGUAAGUUUUUUAAGCAAUCAUGGAAAUGGGCUUCAGGGUUGAACCUGAUGGACUUUAGUACUUUUUUUUCAGCAUAGGCAAAUAUGUGACUUUUAAGGCUUUUUUUUCCCCUUUUACUAAAGUCACUAGUUGGAGUUUCUUGAAGUCACACAAUCCUGGCAUAGGUUUAUUCAAACAACUUACUCAUAUAUUUCCUUAUUGUAAUCUAUUUGUAUGUAAAACUGGAGCAUGGAUUAAUUAACCAGCUUUAGCAGGCUAGAACCAUCUAGUGGAGGGCAAGUGAGGUGGUUCUCCCAUUGAAGCACAGUUCUGUUACUCUGUUUAAUAGGGAUGCAGCAAAAUUUCAGCUGCCGGAAAUGGGUAAAAUUUGCUGAAUUUAAUUGUAAAAAAUUUUUUAUAGAGAUUUUUUUUUUUUUUUUUUGUAGUGCAUAGUUUAACAGACAUACUUGCAUUGACAAUUCAGAUGAUUAUAUAUCACAAUGAAAGAUAGUAGCGAUAACAUGAAAGUCAAGAAUACUGUUUUGGGACGGGGGGUGGGGGAAUACUAGGGGACAGGGGAGGGGGGAACACUAGGCUAUUCGAAAUACUGGCCAAAGCAAAUUGAAUGAUUUUGUAAGCAGUGAUGGGCAGCUGUGAGAGGCUGAGAGUUGGCAGCUGAUGCUCUCACCAAUUUCUCACACCCAUUGCUGCUCACACUAAUGCCAAAUCUGAGCAGUGGGACCCUCAUCCAGUCUUUAAAAAAACUAACUAUAUGAAGUGGUUAUUAUCCUUUUUAUAUGUUUGUUAUGCAAAAUUGUUUUGGUCAUUGUCCUUUAGACAAUAAAAUUAGGAUUUUUAUUUCUUCCUCCUCCCAACUACAACUUUGUGACAUAGAAUAUGAUUAUAUAGUACAGGUAAUUUUAAGUAAAACUAAGAAGUUAAUUGAUCAUGGACGUUUAACAAGCCCUGGCAAAUAAAACAUAUUCUAGAGGUAAUUACCUUACCUUUGGGUAGAAGCUAUAUUUGUGGGAUUUUGUAUGUUUUGUAGCAUUUUCCUGUUUUUUGUGCAUUUUUUAUUUUUUAAAAUUCUUUUAUUUUUGUUUAUUAUUAAACAAUAUGUUUGUUUUUUUGUUUUUUUUGCAGCCCGGAAAAGUUUUUAUGUGUAUGCUAUCUUCCUGGCUGUCCUUAAUUUGGUGCAAGGGAUAGGCAGUGCCUUGCUUUGUGCAGACAUCAUAAAUGGCUUGUGGUAAGUAGUGAUUAUCUUCACCGUCCUCCGUUAUGGUAUAUCUUCUUAUUGUUACAGUUUCUAAAAGAAUAAGAUGAAUCUUCCUUAGAGUGGCACUAAACUAAAAACACAUUUCUAUAUUCGGAAAUGCUAGCUUCUAAUGGCCCAAAAUACAUUUCUUAUACCAAAAAUAUAUCAUGUGCUUAUCUCCCCUAACAAUCACUGCAAAUUAAUGUACAGAUACCAAGGAAAAUGGUAUCUGUACAAGGACAAAAAACUCGUUGUGAUUAAUAGAGAAUAAUUCAAAUGUAAGUUGUAGGGAAUGAUAUGAAAAGGGAAAAUAAUAACCAAAGGAUCCAUUCUAACUUGGUUAAAAAACCAAACAGUCCAUCAGAAUUCAGGUACAGUUAAUAUUCUAUACAUAUUAUUUAGUAACCAGAAUUUGUACAAAUGAGGGGAAAAUAUAUCUGCCUCAAUUAUGUUAUUAAAUGCUGACCUUCAAUAGCAAUACACAUUUGACUUGUAUAAUAAAACUAAGGCCUUGUUUCUUUUUUUGGGCAGGUCUAGUUGUUACGAUGUGCUUGCUCUUUGCUAUAGAUCGGUGAAGGUUGAGCUGUUUUUGCUAUAUAAACACCUUUCUGAUUGUAACUUUCCCUUCUUUAUAGUUUAGUGGAUGUCACUACAUUCCUGUACUUCAGCUUGUUUGCUCCGCUCAUGUACGUGGCAUUCCUGAAAAGUUUUUUUGGGUGAGUAACCAAAAAUGUAGAAUGCAUCUUGCUUAAUAACUAUAUUUUUUACGUUAUAAGUAUUGACUAUCAAUUCAGGAUCGGUGACAUUUGUUCCCUCACCCCAGUAAACAAUAUGGCAGCAUGUGCUGGGGUUAAUGAAGCAACAGUUGUUGGUUUAAAAAACAAAAAAACCUUUCCUUCAAUGCACUUCUGCAUUCUGAGCAACAGUCAUCCCAUGAUCUGUUAUCUACAGAUAAAUCUCAUUCUAGGGCAUUCACUUUCUGUGUGUUUUCUCUAGCAGUGUUGUGCGCGCUUGCAAUUUCCAUACGGCACUGUUAACUAAUUUGCAUCCUCUGCCUCUUUAAACAAUCAUCAAGCUUUGAGUAGUAAUAAUAUAGGAAUAAAUAAUUAUUUCCCCAUUGCAAUAUGCUAUUUCUCACAAAUCACAUGAAAUCCAUGGUUCCAUGCAUCUGAUGUGGUACAUUACUCACCAAAUAUGUGAUGUAGCUUUGAAGCCCACUGCUGGCCAUCAAACCCUCCAAGGUUUUAGUUCACUUUUACAUUAUAAAGGAUCUACUUGUAGUUUGUGUGUAUGUAUAAAAUCACACAUAUAUCUGACAGUGAUUUUACUUUCUAUGUGUGCAUGAUGCAUUGUGGCUUUAGUGUCGAUUUGAUUUGCAUAAGUACAGGUGCCUCUCUUGUGGCCGUGUACACUAUUCCUGACUUUUAUCUUCUCUUGUAGGUCAGAGCCAAAGAUUCUUUUCUCCUAUAAGUCCCAGGUGGACGAGCCGGAUGAGUCUGAUGUGCAUCUUCCGCAUCCCUAUGCUGUAGCCAAGAAAGAUGGUGUAGACACUGGAUUCUAUUCCAGCACUCAGAUUGACACCACGGCCUACCUUGACGACGUAGCUUCUAUGCCACAUCUGGUUGGGAGCAUCAACAGUGUUGACAGCGACCGAUGGAAAGCUAUAAACACCUAA